AUUCCGCAUAUGCAUUUUGAUAAAGAACUGCUUGCGGCUUCUGGCGUGGGGUGGCGAGAACAUUUACUCGGGCUUAAUUUGCGUUAGUGCGCUGGAGGCUAGACACAGUCCCAUUGACUAUCAAGAGGCCGGAGACGAAACGGAUUCUUCCCGUUCCUCAGAGCAUUGUUCAUUCAGACUGUAGUCCUAGAAGAAUAUGUGUUUUCUACUCCCGAAUCGCUGUCGAAUCCCAAAGGAGCACUCUACCCCAGCGAUUGUCCAAAAUUUCUUGACUGAAACUGUCGCUUGCGUCGUGUUUCGUCUGGGUACGUCGUGAGCAUUGAUCCUCAGUUCGUCCGCCCCACACGUGGCCUACGGUCGAAAUUUAUUCGCUUGAUGAAGAACCGAGAUGUUUCCUCUCUAUCCUUCUUGCAAAACGCUGUCCGAGUCACUUCUGUGACUGCAUGCUUCUCUGAUUGGCUCGUCAAAGAGCUCGAUACUGUAGUCGCCCAAUCAGUCCGUGGUUCUCGCUGGCGCGUACCGUUUUCGUGGUCACAUUUUUUCAUGGAGAAAAGGGAUCCGUUUUGUCCUCCGUAAUUUGAAUCAGUCUCUAACAUCCUAUACUUUUGGAAGAGGUGUCGCCCCGGCCGGUUCCCACUCAACGAGAGCACUGCCCAACUGGAAAGUCCCGUUUCCUGGGCAAGCUCGCGGGUGUUUCUGUCCAGUACCGUUUUCGGUGUACAUACACCCAUCUCUACACAGCAAAACCCCGGCCAGUGAAAUAGCGUCCGGCAAUAUCCGUGAUUCUCGCGUUUCUUUUUACUGUUUAGCCUCCGAGCAUUGUUCGCCUCACUUCUGCUGUUUCUGUUCCUUUUUCGGAAAGCUUCGGUUUUUUCCCGUGUGUCUCAAGCGGCUUGUCCCCGCCGUCCGUUCAGACUUACCAGUUGCCGUGUUUGUCCGUCCAAGCGUCGUCCCUCGGAAUGGAAGGAGCGACGCGAGAUCCGGCCGUGAACGAGGCCGCCGUACAUUGCGAAGAAGCUCCGGCUGUUUCGGCCAGUCCGAAAGCCAGCGACAGAGACGCGUUUCCCGAGUGUGCAGACAGUUCUUCGAGUUCGCCUAACGUCCCUGACACGCAGCCAGACGCAAAGAAUUUGGCCGCGCCGUUUAAGGCGGAAACCUCGCCGUCGUCUGCUCCGACACUUUGCCACUUUGCCCGAACGUUGGUUGUGGACACCGGUGCGUUUUUGCGGCUGAAACGGCUGGAUGCUUUUGGCAGGAAAUUCGUCGUUCCCCCAAGCGUCCUCACAGAAAUCCGCGACGCACGAGCACGUGCCCACCUCUCCGGCGUCACACUGUUGCAUCCCGACGCAGAGCUCCCGACUGUCAUGACAGCUGGCGAGGCAGACAAGCGUUGGGCACGGAAAUUCGCCGCCAUGACGGGUGACCUGGGAAGUCUCAGCGACACAGAUCUCGACGUGAUUGCCCUGACAUACAUGCUCCAGAGACAAACGGGGAGGAUUGAGAAACUGCGCACGAAACCGCUGGACGCCGUCGUCGUGAAAGAAGAAAAACGCACCAACUGGCAAGACCUAGACUGGGGCAACGACGACGGAUGGAUCGGAGGCGAGACUGACGAGGCAGACGAAGAAGAGGAAGAGGCAGACGAGGAAGAGGAAGAGGCAGACGAGGAAGAGGAAGAGACAGACGAGGAAGAGGAAGAGACAGACGAGGAAGAGGCAGAGGCAGACGAGGAAGAGGAAGAGCAGAAAGAAAAGGAGAAGCGUGAAUGCCUGCUGCCCCGUGAAGAGGAAGGCGCACCUGCUUCGACAGACGCCGAGGAAAGUCCUUCAUCGCCGUCUCGGAGGAGCGAGGCUUCCGGCUCCGCAUCUGAGCAGAGUCCGUCGCGGCCGAGAGCGGGCGACAUUCACAUGAGUCAGGAAAUCGUGGAAGUGGCAGCAGACGAAGACGACGGCGAAGGGACGUGGAUCACUCCGGAGAAUUUCCAGCGCGUGAAGCGCGGGAUGGAAGGCAUUCGCUCGAGCGCGAAGGAAGAAGCUCUCGUCGCAUGCAUGACAACCGAUUACUCCAUCCAAAACGUCCUUCUGCACAUGGGCCUGGAAGUCGUCACGAUAGACGGUUUCGCUGUACGCUCCGUCAAAACGUGGGCGCUCAUUUGCCGGGCUUGCCACUUUGUGAGCCGAGAAGUGACGCGACUCUUCUGUCCUAAAUGCGGCCAGCAUGCAGUUGACAGAGUCCCCGUCACGCUGGGAGAAGACGGUUUCGUCGUCCACGACAACAGAAAGAAAAAGUCUACUCGUGGAAAUAUUCACUCGCUGCCGAAGCCGAGGGGCGGGCGCCAUGAGAAACAGUUGAUUCUCGCCGAAGACCAACUGAUGAUGGGAGGACGCGACCGUCUUCUGCGGCACCAGCAGCGUCUGUGGGAAGCAGAGAAGGCUGCCCAUAAUCCUUUCAGUGAGGACUUUGCCUUUGACGCAGCAUCGGCGUGGCACAUGAGGAGUCGAACGCGAACAGGGAAGUUGGCUGCGGGAACCCAUGCACCUCGCGUGGUUGUCGGACUCGGUCCCGGCAAUCCGAAUAGCAACCGAUGGGUGAAGAGACAUGGUCACUCAAAGAAAAAAUAAAGAUAAAUUCAAUGCGAAGGCACGUGUUCAGAAGAUGUCGGAAGCAGAGUCUGUCUCCAUAUGGGUGUAUUUCUCCGCGUUCUCGACGAAACUGAUUGCGGAAGCUGCGACAAAGGAGGGGAGACCUUCCCAUACCUUUGGAUCACCACGUGCUUGACGACUACGCAGGACGAGUCUCGUUUCUUCAUUCCCCUUUCGACAGUGGCAGUGUGGAUAGUUUUCUUCACUUUUUAGUUUCACAGGCGCGGCAACGGAACCCUUUCUCUGCCUACAACUGUGGCGCUGUGCAGCCAGGCGGGAACGUGACCAACAGGAAAAAACAACCAAAGAGUCGACAGUUGAUUCUUCAUCUUUUCUGUCAGAAGAACCGCACGCAGAUGUGGACGAGUCCUCUUAACAGGGUGUUGUUCUACUAGCAUGUUUACGAAGCAAAGAGCUCGUACUUUGUUGCUUUGCAGCGCACUUCUUGCUUCAGUGGCAACCGACCACGCUUGCCAGUGC